UUAUAAAUUAUUCCCCUUCUUCCUCCCUGCAGAUUGGUUAGUUGGGUAGCUGUCAGUCACAAUCAGGUUAAUAAACUCUAGUAUAUCUGUCCAAAUAUCCUUGCCCAACCAAAGGAUUUGUUCCUAGCUAGUAUGGGCCAUUCAGUUUGUGAGAAAUCUUCACCGUAAACUGUAUCAGUAUGCGUUGCUUUCCUCUAGAUGGCCAAACAACAGGAAUAUUUCUUAGUGCACACACACUGGCGCAAAGCAGUGCAAAGUUCUACUCCUGCAAAGUAGUGCUGUUUUAUUAUGAACAGCAAUCAGUUUAUACCGUGGUAACUGACGCAACCGACCAUACACAUCCACUUCCCCCAAAAUUCAAUACAAUAUACUUGCAUUGGAUUCCAUUUUCUUGGAAGCCUGCUUCCGCACACCUAGGUUCCUCUCAUCGAUUAUCCUAGGAUUUUGACUAGAAUCAGAUAAAAAUCCAGAUAACUUGCACGGCUCAACAACUGCAGUACCCCUGCAGUGAGACACAUGAUGCGCGUUUCGACAAUCUAUUUAUCGUCCUGCAAAGUAGAGUUAUUUUAUUAAUUACAACAAUCUAUUUAUGUUGAUGUAAUCGAUGCACAACCGGCCAAACACAUCCACUUGCCCCCAAAAUUCAAUACAAUACUCAUUGGAUUCCAUUUUCUUGGAGCGUGCUUCCGCAAAUCUAGGUUGCUCACAUCGAUUAUCGUAGGAUAUUAUCUAAGAUCAGAUGACGUUGGUGAAAAUCCAGACAACUUGCACGGCUCAAGAAGUUCAUGAACUUUUAUGUGUAAUUUUAUCUUACAGAACAGAUUGUUUCUAAGACCAAUAUAUUCGACUUUCUUUGUGCACAUGUUGUUUUAUGGAAUGUCAUAUCUAAUUUCUGCAAGAUAUGGCUUUUCUGGUCUAGAGUAUCACUUUCACCUAUUCAAUGAUGUUCAUCCGGCACAUUACUGAUUUCGUGUCUGUAUAUGUAUAUGCUUCCUUUUAAGCUCGUAAAAAAAGAUUUUGUCAUCUCUGAAUGUUCUGCUUUUUGAUUAUUUCCAUGUCUGGUUUGAGCAAUGCUACAUCUACGUAAAUGUUUACGUAUGUUUACGGGAUAGUCUGAUUUGGCAAUCAUUGAUUGGAUUAAGAGGAGGGUGAGGCCCACCCACCCCUGAAAAUCAGGGGGGCAUGUUUAGAUUAGUUGGAAGGUUUAGUAAACGUAAGUAAGAUUUAGUAGGUCUAGCAUUUUUGGUCUGGUUUUAGGCGGCACAUAUUGAAGAAUUCAGUCGUAUUGGACCAGACCCUGUUGUAUAACGAGCAGUUGAUAAUGAGGUAGUACUUCUUUCUCCGGUUAGACUCUGCAGACCUGAAAAAAAUCAUAAUAUGAUACCAUUUUUUUUUUCUUGUAAGCAUACUUCACAUUCAGUAUGUUGGACUAUCAAGGGUUAUAAGUUAUAAUUUUGAUCUAUCCUUUGUAACUAUGAAUAACUACUUACACUGCAGAAUAACAAAGAAAGAGACACUAAUGCAAAAUGUGGAGAAUUAAUAAAAAAAGAAUUAAGAAACACUAUUGUAUCAUAAGUUCUGAACACAUUGCAUUUUUUAAUAAAAACCAAUGGAGUGAAGCUGACUGGUAAGUUGUUUCAAGUUUAUCUUUUCGUCCCUACAUCUUAUAUUUCUCUCGCUGGUGUGUAGCAUGCAUUCCCGCAGCAAUGCCCAGGGCAUCAUCUUGUUAAGAACUAGAGAUGCCCCAGCUAUUAACGUGCUACGUCAGAAGGCUUGGUUAGCUGUCAGUAUUAUUAUACUUCAACCAAGAAAAGAUGCCCUGAGCUGAGGUACUGCCAUCUGGAGUGAGUAGUUUAUUUCUACUUAGGCUCAGGUAAUUAUCUAAAAAGAAUACUACUGGCCCAGUGAGCUUUUGCAAGAUCUAACGUGAUUGCUUGAAGAAGUGCAGAUCAAGCUCUACUCCCCUCCAGUAAGACACAUGAUACCCUGUUCCAAUGCAUGGUCAAAAAAAAAAAACUCCUGCAAUUUAUAUCGUUGUACUCAAUGCAACCAACCAAACGCAUCCACUUGCCACCAAAAUUUGUUACAACUUACAUUGGAUUCCGUUUUCUCGGAAGCAAGAAUCCACACAUCUAGCUUGCUCACAUCGAUUGCCGGAGGAUUCUUUUUUCUAAAAUCAGUUAACAUUGGUUGAAAUUCAGACAAUUUGCAGGGGUCAAGAAGUUUAUGAACAACUUCUAUGCACAAUUUCAACUAACAGAACACAUUGUUUCUAAGACCAAUAGAUUCGACUUUCUUUGUGCACAUGUUUCAUCUUAUUUCUGCAAGAUAUGGCUUUGCUGGUCAUGAGUAUUACUUUCACCAGUUCAAUGGUGUUCAUAUGGCACAUUGCUCGUUUGGUUUCUGUAUAUGUGUAUGAUUCCUUUUAAACUGACAAAAAUAUUUUGUCAUCUCUGAAUGUUCUUCUUUUUGGUAAUUUCCAUCUUCUGGUUUUAGGUGGCACAUAUUAAAGAAUUCAGUUGUAUUGGACCAGAUCCUACUGUAUGUAUAUAAUGAGCAGUUGAAAAUGAGGUAGUACUUCUUUCUUCAAUUAGACUCUGUUGACCUGAAAAACAAUCAUAUUAUGAAGCAGAAUUCUUCGUUUUAAUUUUGUUCUAUCCUUUUCAACUAGAAUAGCUACUUACAGUGCAGAACUAACAAAUAAAUAGACACUAAUGCAAAAUGUAGAGAACUAAUAAAAGAAAGAGACACUAUUGUAACAGAAGUUCUGAGCACAUUGCAUUUUAUUUGUAGAAACUAAUGGAGUAAAGUUAGCUGGUGUAUUUUUCACAUUUGUCUUUAGCAUUCCCUCGGGGCAUCAUUUAGCUAAGAAAUAAAGAUGCUCUGCUAUUAACGUGCUAUGUCAGACGGCUCAUGUAGCGUCUGUAUUCUUACACGUCGACCAAGAAACUGCUGGAGUGAGUAGUUCAUUUCUAAGCAGGCUCAGCUAAUUGUCUGAAAAGAAUACUGGCCCAGUGUGGAGCUGUUGCAAGAUCCGACGUGAUUGAUUAACGAAGUGCAGACCAAUCGUAAGACACAUGACACCCAUUUCAACGCAUGUUAAGAAAAAAAAGUUCUGCUCCUGCAAAGUAGUGCUAUUUUAUUUUGUGCAGUCGUAAUCGACGCAAUGGACCAAACACAUCCACUUGCCCCCAAAAUUUAGUUACAAUAAUGGCAUCUGGCUUGCACACACCACCAUAACCAUUCUCUCUCCACCCGGACUGCAAUUGUGUUUCCCUAUGUUCUGUGUGUGUUGCAAGCUCUGAGCAUUUCAAUGGCAGAGCUGGUGGCCACCAUGGCCGGACCACUAUUGUCCAGAGUGAAGGAGAAGGAGUAGGAGUCCAGCUACCUCCUGUCCUAGUACAAGGUGAUGGAGGAGCAUCACAGGGUCCUCAAUCCCAAGCUUCCAGUCAUUAAUAGCUGCCGAAGCAAUGGCUUAGUUUAUAAUCUGUAUGGGCCAUUCAAUAUAGAAUAUUCAACAUGAUAUGUAUGUGUCGCUUUCCUAGAUUGGGCCAUUACAUGGAUUAUAAUGAACAUUUGAAACGUAGGGUGAUUCACAUAUGAAAAUUGAGGACUGUGCGACAGCCCAGUGGUGUGUGAAAGCACACUGCUGCGUCCAGGCCUGCCUGGGUUCAGCUCCCUGUGGCCAUGUAAUUUAGGCACAUCAGAAAAUUGUGUAUUCCAAUUAGAUCACAGUAGUUGAUCUGAUCCUAGCUACCUUUUUUGUCUUGUGAGUUAGAGGAAACGACUAGAUCAACAACGAAAUGUGUUUCCUUGUGACUAUAGCGCUUUGCUGAUUUUGUGUCAGUAUAUGUAUAUGCAUCCUUUUAAACUUAAUGUUGUCAUCUCUGAAUGGUCUCCCUUGUUAUCUUGCCACAUGUUCUUGUUUUGGUGCCAGUGCCACAUACUGAAGAAUUCAGCUGUAUUGGACUAGAUCCUGUUACAUGUAUAUAAAUUAGAUGCUAAAGACCUGAAAAACUAUCAUGCUAUUAAUCAGAACUUUUUUCUGUUUUCUUGUAAGCAUACUUCUCAUCCGGUAUUUAACUAUUAACUACUUACACUAUAGAACUAUCAAACAAACAUAAAGGCUAAAGCAAAAUGUAGAGAACCAAUAAAGCAAAGCAACACUACAGUACUGUAACAGAAAUUCUGAGCACAUUGCAUGUCUUUUGUACAGAAACCAAUGGAGUAAAGUGAACUGGUGUGUUAUUUCAAGUUUAUCUUUGAGUCCUUGCAUCUUUUAUUUCUCUCACUGGUGUGCAGCAUGCAUUUCGACAUCAAAACCUGGGGCAUCAUUUACUUAAGAAAUAAAGAUGCCCUGCUAUUAACGUGCUAUGUCAGAAGGCUCAGUUAGCUGCCCCUAUAUUAUAUGCUAACGAAGAACAGUGCCUUGUGCCGAGGUAAUGCCAGCUGGAGCGAGUAGUUUAUUGCUUAAUUAGUUCUUUAAAAAGAAUACAUGCCCAGUGCUGAGCUUUUGCAAGAUCGGAUGCUGUAAUUGGUUGAAGAAGUGCAGAUGAAGCUCUACUCCUUAUAGUGUAAGACACAUGACGCCCAUUUGAAUGCAUGCUUUUGCAAGAUAGGAUGCUGUAAUUGGUUGAAGAAGUGCAGAUCAAGCUUUCCCUGUUAACAAUGCCCUGCGCUGAGGUACUGGCAGCUGGAGUGAUUAGUUUAGUUCUAAUUAAGCCCUGCUGAUUGUCUAAAAAGAACUCAGGCCCAGUGAGACACAUGAUGCGUGUUUCCACGCAUGUUCAAUUAAAAAAGUUCUACCCCUGCAAACUAGUGUUAUUUUAGUAAGUACAACCAUCUAUUUGUAUUGUGGUAAUCGAUGCAACUGACCAAAACCAUCCACUUGCCCACAAAAUUUUCUACAAUACUCGCAUUGGAUUCCAUUUCUCAGAAGAAAGCAUCCACACAGCUAGCUUGCUCACACCAUCCUCUUCUCCAUUCUGGACUGCAAUUGUGUUUCCUUGUGUUCUGCGUGUGUUGUGAGCUCUGAGCAUUCCAAGAGGAGUGCGGGUGAUCACUGCUGUCCAUCGCGAAGGAGAAGGCAUCCAGCUACCUCCUGGACCAUUGCAAGAUGAUGGAGGGGCGUCCUGAUCUCUGAAGUUUGGUUGCUUGGGAGUACGCUGGUGUUGAGGUUGCGUUCACCGUCGUUGAUUUCACAACUGUUUUGGUCGCUUAGGAGGCUACUAUCACCGCCUUAUUCUUCGUCUUGAUUGCCAUUGACAACAUCAGUUAGCAGCGCAGCCUCUAUCAGUCAGAACCAUUGAUUCACACGAACAUUCAGAAAAAUGGAGGCGACGGCCAUCAGCAUUGGUAAGUCCGCAUUGAGUGGGGCACUCAAGUACGCUCAAUCGGCUGUGGCAGAGGAGGUGGCUCUGCAGCUUGGUGUCCAACGUGACCACUCCUUCGUCACUGAAGAGCUCGAGAUGAUGCGGUCAUUCCUGAUGGCUGCGCACGACGAUCGGGACGACAAUAUGGUGGUCAGGACAUGGGUGAAGCAAGUCCGUGAUGUGUCCUACAUCGUUGAGGACUGCGUCCUGGAUUUCGCAGUUCGCCUUGAGAAACAGUCUUGGUGGCGCAUCCCUCGCACAGUGGUAGCCCGGCGUCGUGUGGCGAAGGAGAUGAAGGAGCUCAGAUCCAAGGUGGAGGAUGUCAGCCAGAGGAACCAACGGUACCACCUCAUCAAGGGCUCUAGCUCCAAGCCUACCUCCGCUGGUGGGCAGCCUACCAUCUCAAGUGCGACAAUGUCUGCCGCAGAUGAUGCAAGGCUACUGCGGCACAAAGCAAAACUGGAUCUUGUCAAGUUGAUCAAUUGCAAGGAUGAUGCACUUCAGGUGAUAGCAUUGUGGGGCACAAGUAGCAGUGAUCUGAGAGAGAUAUCCAUCAUCAGAAGUGCCUAUGAAGAUCCCAUGAUACACAAGAAUUUCGAUUGCUAUGCUGGGAUCACAUUGAUGUGUCCUUUCAAUCAGACAGAUUUCAUUCGAAGCAUUAUUAGGCAAAUUUAUGUUAAUUCUCUUCAAGAGACGGGAGAAGAAGGAAAAUCUGCUAUUGGGGCCCAAGUUUUGAAGAUGAUGGCGGUGGUGAACGAAGAUGGUUUGGCUCAUGAGUUCAAGAGAUAUUUGAAUUUCAAGAGUUACCUAAUUGUACUCAAUGGCAUACACACCAUUGAAGACUGGGAUUACAUUAAAUCAUGUUUCCCAAACAACAAGAAAGGAAGUCGAAUCAUAGUAUCCACUGAGCAAGUUGAAGUUGCAAGCUUAUGCAUAGGAGUAGAGGAUGAAGCUCUAGUGCAUAAGAAGUUAAUUGCUGACCAGCCUCUUUAUGCUUUCUACAACAAGGUUUAUCAGGAGGGAAGGAAUUCGGCGGAAAAAGGGUCCACCUCAUAUAUAGCCCCUAUCGGUGUUAACAGCUCUGCACACAAGAACAUCCUCACUCGCAUAGAGACAAUGGCUACUCUAGAGGAAUCUCGUCUCAUCGGGAGAGGGAAUGAAAAAGAGGAAAUCAUCAAACUUAUCUCAAAUAAAGAUGCCCAGAAAUUUCAUGUGUUCUCCUUGUGGGGAAUGGGUGGUAUUGGAAAAACAACACUAGUGAGUGAUAUCUACCAAAGCCAAGAGAUUAGUAGCAUGUUUGAUAAGCGUGCUUGUGUCACAGUCAUGCGUCCUUUCAAUUCAGCAACACUCCUUGAGAGCAUAACUACGCAAUUCAGAAAUAAUGAUGGGACAAAUACGGAUUUAUGGAGAUGUUUAGAAGGAAUAAGAUAUUUGCUUGUUCUUGAUGAUCUGUGGUCCAUUGGAGAGUGGGAUGCUAUAAAAAUAUAUUUGCCAGAAACGGCAGCAAGCUGCGUAAUAGUCACCACAAGGGACGAGAAUAUUGCCAAGCACUGCUCAAAGGAUGAUUUAAACAUAUACAAGCUGAACCAACUGGGCCCUGAUGACGCAUGCACCCUCUUCACCAAAAAGGUAUUUAAGGAGACCGUAAAUUUGGAUGAGCAAUAUCCAGAGAUGGCUGAACAAGCAAAACUGAUAUUGAAGAAGUGCAGAGGACUUCCCCUUGCAAUAGUCACCAUAGGUGGCUUCUUGGCAAGCCAACCAAAAACUGUUUUUGAAUGGAGAAAAUUGAAUGAGCAUAUCAGUGCUGAGUUUGAGAUGAAUCCAGAACUUGAGACCAUAAAAGCAGUCCUUAUGAAAAGCUAUGAUGGUUUACCCUAUUACCUCAAAGCUUGCUUCUUGUAUCUGGCUAUCUUUCCUGAAGACUACAUGAUUGUACGGAGGCGCUUAGUGCGUCGGUGGAUUGCAGAGGGUUACUCAAGUGAGGUGCGUGGCAAGUCAGUCGAGGAAGUAUUGGACGGUUACUUCAUGGAACUUAUAAGCAGGAGCAUGAUCCUGCCAUCUCAACGGUCAAUUUAUAGUAGGAAAGGAAUUGACUCCUGCCAUGUCCAUGAUCUCAUUCGUGAAAUUGCCAUCUCAAAGUCUAUGGAGGAAAAUCUUGUUUUCACAUUGGAGGAAGGGUGCAGCUUGAACAAUCAAGGCACGGUGCGUCAUCUUGCUAUAAGCAGCAAUUGGAAGGGGGGCCUGUGUGAGUUUGAGAAUAUAGUAGACUUUUCUCAUAUACGAUCACUGACAGUGUUUGGAAAUUGGAGGUCAUUUUACAUUUCUGAUAAGAUGAGGUUGCUACGAGUGCUGGAUUUGGAAGGAGAGUGGGACCUAGUUGAUCAUCACCUUCAGCACAUUGGGAAGCUUGUACAUCUUGUAUAUCUUUCUCUAAGGGGACAUGCUGAUAUAUUUCACCUGCCAAAUUCGUUGGGGAACCUGAGACAACUUCAGACACUAGAUAUUUCAGCUACAAGCAUAGUGAAGCUACCAAGGACCAUCACCAAGCUUGUGAAGAUGCAACACAUUCUUGCUAGCAACAUAGGAACGAGACAUAGUAAUAUAUAUGAAUAUGCAGAUUAUCAGUCGUUAAUGAAUUUGCCUUUACAGUCGGCGCUUUGUUGUGUGGCAUGUUGUGCACCUAAUUGUCUCGCACAGGAUCUUCUACUUGAGGAUGAAGCACAACUUAGCAGGCGUGACGUAUGCACCGCGUUCUGUUGCAGCAUAUUACCUUAUUAUGCGGCAGGAGGACGAAAUCCAGGUGGUGUUGAAGUGCCAAGAGGGAUUUGGAAUCUGAAGGCCCUGCACACACUGCGUACUGUGGACGUCUCAGUGGGGAAGGCUGUUCUACAAGAUAUAAGAAAGCUCACCCGGUUGCGCAAGUUAGGAGUGAUUGGCAUCAGCAAGAGAAACGGUCAAGAGUUGUGUUCAGCAGUUGCUCGUCUCAGCAGCCUGGAGUCAUUGUCACUCCAGUCAUCCGGAGAGACAGGUUUACGAGGCUGCUUGGAUGGGCUGUCCUCACCUCCAGAAAACCUGCAGAGCCUCAAGUUGCACGGUAACCUUGUUAAACUGCCGGAGUGGAUCAAGGGCCUAAAAAAUCUAGUGAAGCUGAAGCUAUGUUGGUCGAGGAUAUCGGAGCAUGAUGCAGCCAUACAAGUCCUUGGGAAUCUACCAAACCUGGCCACCCUACGUCUAUGGUAUGACUCGUUCGUUGGUGAAGAGGUCUGUUUCAGUUUCUGCAGGGAGGCAUUCCCUAGCCUGAAGGUGCUGCAGCUGAUUGAUAUAGGAAACCUCAUGUCGGUGAGAUUUGAAGAAGGAGCAGCCCCUAAGCUUGAGUUGCUGCAAUAUUGUGGUUGGGGCGGUCCAAGUGUUGGGUUGUUGUGUGGGUUAGCGUAUCUCCCAAGCCUCAAGGAAUUAAUGUUGUUUAUAGGGCACUGGAGGCGGACUGAGUUCGUGGAGGACUUGCGAGGCCAGCUGGCAGAGAAUGGAAACAAGCCCGUUUUGAAGAGUUGGAACGGAGAGUAGCUAUGUAGUUGAUGUCCGUGGUACGCUAGCACCAGUUGAUGUAAGCUGCACGGUGGCACGCUAGCAAAUGGCUUUGGUUUUGUUCAUCCGUCACGAUUCAUUGAUUUGUAUAUGUGUCUAUUUGUGUGAGCGCUGUUGAGCCAUGAAAGAGUACAUUUUCGUGUGAUGUUUUAUGUAUGAAACGGAGCAGGUGCUGCUGAAAAACUGUCUCCCAUGGCUAGCUAUAUAUAUAUACUGAUUAACAGUAA